AACCACCCAGCCCCUAGAACAAGAACUACUUCGGGGCUACGUGAAGGCGGGACAAUCGAGUGGUUUAAAAGUCUCAUUGAACUAAACCGAACAAAGGGAAGAGAAAAAUCUGUCACCCCUACAGUCAAACGAGCGGAGCAGCAGGCCGAGGCCCCUCGCAGUCAGGCGCACGGGCAGGGGGCUGUCUGCAGCGCCUUUCGCAGCAGCGGAAGCUUCCCGGGAACAGCGUGUGACCCCGCAGCCGCCUGCGCUUGCUCAGGGCUGCAGCCUGCGAGCUACAGGGUCACGCGCCGGGCCCGCCAAGGAACGCGCCGAGCAGGUGCAGGGCAGGGGACUCCGGGCUGCGCCCCCGCCUCGCUCCUGGCGGCAGGCGCGGGGCGGGGAGCGGCUGCCGCUGCCGCGCAUGUGCGUCGCUCCCUCCAGUCCCGUGCCGCCCCCGCCAUGGCUCGGAGCUGGCGCGGCCUCCUGGCGCGCGGGGAGUGGGGCCAGUGGAGGCCUGGGCUGUCCCGCCCCGCUCGGGCCCCGCUGCGCGCGGGCAGCUCGAGCCGCGGCCCCGGAGCCGCCGGGGAAGGAGCCCCCCUGCUGUACUCGCGGGAGCAUUACGCCUUGAGGGCGUCUCUGCGGAAGGGGCCAGGUCUGGUUGAAGCUGGGGCCCAGGAAGCCUGGUGGGAUCAGGGCCUAACUGACUGCACCUUUUUGUGUGAGUCAACAAAAGACUUUGUGGACUGUAAGGCCCAGAUCAUUGACAAGGAGAUUAACCCAUUUGUGGACAAAUGGGAAGAAGAAGGACAAUUUCCAGCACACAAAGUAUUUAAAACUCUAGGACAAGCUGGAUUCCUUGGAGUUAACAAACCAACAGAAUAUGGUGGCAUGGGCUUGGACUUCUCCUAUAGCAUUGCAGUGGCAGAGGAACUGGGAAAUAUCCACUGUGGGGGAGUUCCUAUGGCUAUUGGAGUGCAAACUGACAUGGCUACACCAGCUCUAACAAGAUUUGGUUCUGAUGAGCUGAAACGACAGUUCCUUGUACCAACUAUAGCUGGAGAAGUAGUGGCUUGUUUAGGAGUCAGUGAACCUGGAGCAGGGUCAGAUGUUGCAAGUAUCAAAACAACAGCAGUAAGAAAAGGCGAUGAUUAUGUCAUAAAUGGUAGCAAGAUGUGGAUUACUUCGGGAUGUCAAGCUGACUGGAUGUGCCUGCUGGCAAAUUCCAGUGAAGGACCUCCCCACCAAAAUAAAUCUCUUAUAUGUCUACCAAUGAACCUACCAGGUGUUUCCAUUGCUAAAAAAAUAGACAAGAUGGGUAUGAGGUCAUCAGACACAGCACAGAUCUUUUUUGAAGAUGUCAGAGUUCCCAGCAAAUACCUCGUUGGGGAGGAAGGAAUGGGUUUUACAUACCAGAUGUUGCAAUUCCAAGAAGAGCGUUUAUGGGCAGUAGCCAACAUCCUGGCACCAAUGGAAAAUGUGAUACAAGAAACUAUUGACUAUACUCGCCAACGGAAAAUAUAUAACCAGCCAGUACUGCAUAACCAAAUAGUGCACUUUCGCUUGGCAGAAUUAGCAACUGAGGUGGAACUUGUUCGCUCUCUGCUCUACCAGGCUGUUGCUCUCUAUAUAAGAGGCAAUGAUGUGACCAAAUUUGCUUCCAUGGCUAAACUAAAGGCAGGUCGUCUAGCCCGUGAGCUGAGUGAUAAUUGCCUCCAGUUCUGGGGAGGAAUGGGAUUCACCAAUGAUGUGCUAGUGAGCAGACUUUACAGAGAUUCAAGACUACUGUCAAUAGGGGCUGGUGCAGAUGAAGUCAUGCUUUCCAUUAUAUGCAAAUAUAUGGAAACUCUUCCACAAAAGAAGUAACGCCCAGUAACAGUUACAUUUCUUCAUUGAAAAUUCAUGAGAGAGAUACAGUAUAUUGAUUACGUACUGAAAGAAUAAGCAAUAUAUUUAAGGUGAAAUUUAAGUGAAAUUUUCUAGCAUUUAUGCCAAUGAUCUACUAGUUAGUGCCUUUGUAUACAAAAUUACUUGUACCAUAACUUUUAAAGUAAAUAUCGAAAUUAAAAGAAAGUAAUCUGAAAA